UUGUAUUGUAACUAGGAAUACGGCCUUUACAUUGGAAAGCCAGUCCUGGUAUUAAUUAUGCUUUGUAUAAUCAUAACCUUGGAACUCUGGGGACCUUUUGUAUUAUAACCCUUGGAAUCAUUCGUUAUAAUAACGGCCGCAUUUAUCUAAAGUGGCACAGCCUGGCCGAGGAUACAGAUAGCUUGGUACUCAUCUCGACUACUUUUCAAAGGUAUAAAAGGUAUAGCAUCGCUCUCAUAUUCUGCAGCUCAUUGAAUCAAAAUCCUGCCCUUCAAUCACCUCUACGAUCCACAAGCUUUUGAAUGAAGAAGCCAUCACCACUGGAUGAAGCAGACAUGCCCGGAUUAUUCAAUGAUGUAUACUUUGCCUCAUCUACGCAGAAUGAAUCUUCAAGUAAAACCGAGUCAUUUCAUCAAUUUCCCAUUCUUCCCAAGGAAAUUCGUCUACGUAUCUGGUCACUGGCACUUCAACCACGACGUCGCUUCAUCCCAAUUCGCAUCAACCUCACAACUGUAGAUCAAACCGAGAUGCACGACAAACAAAUCUCAAUUGUACUCUACUCAUAACCAUAUGGGCAAUAUUAUUAGCGGUAGCUAUUAUGAGCUCGCGAUCAAUGAGUCUGACGCGAAUCACACGAUAAGUCCGGUUUUCUCGACCACCAAAGAGUCCAGAUGGGUGGCGCUGGGCCACUUCCGUAUUCGUCUACCUCUCGCAGGAGACAGUCACAUUCGGGUCAGUCCUGACGACGAUGUCGUCUAUCUCACCGCUGGCUACGACAUCUGCGACAUCAACUUGCUCGCUGCUAUAUUCCAUGAUAUCAGAGCGUACGAUCCGAAAGAUCAGGGUCUCAUGCACGUGGCCAUACAAGGAAAUUAUCUAUUUCCAGACGAGCAACCCUUUACAGGAAGCGUUGGAAGUUACGGAAUGCGGAAUAAUGAUGGUAGCAUGAGCCAUGGAAGUUCAGGGAAAUUAGUCUUAAGCCAUCCCACAGCCCAAGCAUCUCUCAUUGAUAUCCUUAGCACAAAACUUCGGACGUUGUGGUGUGUUCAAAGAAUUUAUUCUAAAACACGGGUCUACGGUCCAACAAUAUUCGAGAGGCCCGUCACGAUGGUUCAAUGGAUGGAAACCCUACCGAUGCUGCCUCCUAUGAUAACACUGGGUAUAUCCUAUCUCGAUUUUGAGUGGCUCGAGAAUGACCCUAGACCCAUAAAACCAGAUACAAGUAGGAUGCCAUUUAUCAAGGAUCCACGCCGAUACUACCAUAGCUGGAAGGUGAUCGAGGAAGCCCUAGGUGUGAGGCAUGUCGUUCCUUUCCGUGUCUAUGUUUGCGUAUCCUCCGAGAUAGCUCCAGUGGAAUCAAUGGGACAUGUUCGGCAUACAGAAGAAAGACUCAGGUUGCACCAAGUGAUUGAAUCCAACCGACAGACUGAGAAUGAACAUUUUAAGGCUGCGGUGGAUUACUGGGCCAAGCUUUUUGGGCAUCCACAGCCGCCUCGGAAUGAGCGGUUCGAUGAAUCACGGUUUCGAGAGGAGCAUGUGAAGGUGGACCGAGAUGAUAUGACGGCGAUUGGCAUGUGGGUGUUUCCGGAGGAGGCGUUUGGGCAAGUGGAUAAUGAUAAUUUCGCUAAAGUAUACUAUCACUCCUACAAGACGACUUCUAAAUCGUCAGUCACCCCCGGGCUUGUGUUGUUCAACCUCGCUUCUCUGCCCCAAUAGAUCUACAGUAUUUCGAGUAUGUCCGCUGCGACAAAGAAUACUAGUUAUGACGACACCAACGCCCUUGUGUCAUGAAGUGCAAAAUGAAUCACCAGUACCUAGAACCCCAUUGAAGAUCACAUCGGAAAGGAAAUCUCAGCAGGAUCUCUUCGGACAUCUUCUGGGUGUUUGGGAACUUACAGAUUUCUAUCUAUCAAAAUCAAGUAAUGGACUAAGAGGCUGUGCAGGGCGUAGGUAAAGGUAGUUUGAGAGCUGCUUUGCUUGGAAAAGUAGAUGCCUUCUCUCUUUACGUUAGUGUCCUUCAGUUUGUGAAUGACAUGUGGAAGCCUAUUCAUUGUACAUUGUACAUUAGGUGAUUUGGCGAUCUAGUUCCGACUUCUAUUGCAUUCGAGAAACCAUGUGGUUAUUGCUUGGAGUCCUUUGUAUGAUUGCUUGCAGAU